CACAGCUUGCUGGGAAAAAAAAAAAAAGGGUGGUGAUAAGAGUCUCUAUAGCAACGCGAUUCGAGGAAGUGAUUGGUUGUUCUUCUGAAAGGGGCGUGUAAGGCCAGGGAGGGGGCGGAGCCAAGAAUACACCCUAGAAUGCGCAGCCGGGAAAUCGGAAUGGGUGGAAUUUAAGUUGUCACAGGGAAAGCAGUGGUUCCUGAGUCAGGAAGAUAAUCUCGGAAACAUGUGGAAUGAUAUUGAACUGUUGACGAGUGAUGAUACUGGAAGCGGGUACCUAAGUGUUGGUUCAAGAAAAGAACACGGAACUGCUUUAUAUCAAGUUGAUUUGCUAGCAAAGAUCUCCUCUGAAAAGGCCUCGUUAAAUCCAAAGAUACAAGCGUACAGCUUAAGUAGCGGGUUUAUUAUUGUGGUGGACCAGUCGGUAUUCCUGCUUGAUCAUGUUUGCAGACUGCUUCAGCUACAUCUGGAAUUUGAUACUGAAGUGGAUGUAGUUGGCCUCUGUCAAGAAGGAAAGUUUCUUUUGGUUGGAGAAAGAAGUGGCAACUUACAUCUUAUUCAUGUAACGUCAAAGCAAACAUUACUCACUAAUGCUUUUGUUCGGAAAGCUAAUGAUGAAAAUCAGUGUACUUACCGGAAUCUUGUUAUUGAGAAAGAUGGUUCAAGUGAAGGUACUUAUUACAUGCUACUGCUUACAAACAGUGGAUUUUUUUGUAUCACAAACCUUCAACUUGCAAAAAUUCAGCAAGCGAUUGAGAAUGUAGACUUCAAUAUGGCAAAAAAGUUACAAGGACAAAUCAAGUCUGCUUUCAUUUCUGUGGAAAAUUAUCAUACUCUUGGUUGUCUCAACCUCGUGGCUGGAGAUUUAGCAAGUGAAAUUACCGUGAUAAUUGGGGGAACUGGUAAUUGUGCAUUCUCAAGAUGGGAACCAGACUCGUCAAAAGAAGGAAUGACAGUUAAGAAUGUUAUUGAUUCAGAGAUUAUCAGAGGUGCAAAGAAGUUCCAGUUGAUAGACAAUCUACUUUUUGUUCUUGAUACUGAUAAUGUGCUGAGCGUCUGGGACAUUUACACGCUGACUCCUGUAUGGAACUGGCCUUCUCUUCACAUCGAAGACUUUCUUCUUACCACAGAAGCAGAUUCUCCCUCAGCAGUCACGUGGCAAGGGAUUACAAAUCUCAAAUUAGUAGCUCUGACAACUACUACUGAUAAGAAGAUGAAAAAUCUCAUGGUUUAUUCAUUACCUACAAUGGAAAUACUGUAUUCUUUGGAAGUAUCUAGCGUUUCCUCUCUGGUCCAAUCCGGAAUUAGCACAGAUACCAUAUACCUUCUGGAAGGAAUUUGCAAAAACGAUUCAACCUUUUCUAAAGAUUCAGUCUCAGUUGUGGUACUCAGAUGUCUUACGGAAGCUUUACCAGAAAACAGAUUGAGUCGGUUACUUCACAAACACAGAUUUGCUGAAGCUGAGAGCUUCGCAAUUCAGUUUGGACUAGAUGUUGAGCUUGUUUACAAGGUGAAAUCCAAUGAUAUAUUAGAGAGAUUAGCCUUGAGUUCUGCAGAGACCAGCGAGCAGACCGAAUGGCAAAAACUCAUAGAUGAAGCUAAGAACAAUCUACAUAAAAUCCAGGACGAUGAAUUUGUGGUAAAUUACUGCUUGGAGGCCCAGUGGCUAACCUAUGAAACAACCCAGGAAAUGCUAAAUUAUGCCAAAACCCGGCUUUUGAAAAAAGAAAAUAAAACUGUUCCUGUCUAUUCUGAUGGUUUAAAAGAGGUACUAAGGGCUCAUGCAAAAUUGACUACUUUUUAUGGAGCAUUUGGACCAGAAAAAUUCAGUGGUAGUUCUUGGAUUGAAUUUCUGAAUAAUGAAGAUGACCUUAAGGAUAUCUUUUUACAGCUACGAGAAGGAAACCUUGUUUGUGCACAGUACCUUUGGCUUCGACAUAAGGCAAAUUUUGAAAGCAGAUUUGAUGUGAAAAUGCUUGAGAACUUGCUCAACUCAAUUUCUACACCAGUGUCUUUGCAAAAGCUUUGCCCGUGGCUUAAAAAUGAUGUGAUCCCAUUCGUGAGAAGGGCUGUACCUGAAGGGCAGAAAAUUCUUGCAAAAUGGUUGGAACAAGCAGCCAGGAACCUUGAAUUAACUGAUAAGGCAAACUGGCCAGAAAAUGGACUUCAACUGGCAGAGGUAUUUUUUACAGCAGAAAAACCAGAUCAGUUGGCAUUGGUGUCCUGUUGGCAUUGGAUUUCCUUGAAGGAUUAUCAGAACACGGAGGAAGUACGUCAGCUAAGGACUCUGGUAAAUAACUUGCAGGAAUUGAUCACAUUGCAUAGGAAAUACAACUGCAAACUGGCCCUCUCUGAUUUCGAGAAGGAGACUACAACCACCAUUGUGUUCCGCAUGUUUGAUAAAGUGUUAGCCCCAGAGCUGAUUCCUUCUGUCUUAGAGAAAUUUAUAAGAGUUUACAUGCGGGAACAUGGCUUACAAGAGGAGGAACUUCUUCUGCUCUACAUAGAGGAUUUAUUGAAGAGAUGUAGCUCGAAGUCCACAUCACUCUUUGAAACCGCAUGGGAAGCAAAAGCCAUGGCAGUCAUAGGAUGUUUAUCGGAUACAGAUCUCAUAUUCGACGCUGUGCUUAAGAUAAUGUACGCGGCGGUGGUUCCUUGGAGUGCAGCUGUGGAGCAGCUAGUGAGACAGCACCUAGAAAUGGACCAUCCCAAAGUCAAGUUAUUACAGGAAAGUUACAAACUAAUGGAGAUGAAAAAACUUCUACGAGGCUAUGGAGUAAGGGAGGUGAACCUCUUAAAUAAGGAAAUCAUGAGGGUGGUCAGAUACAUUCUCAAGCAAGAUGUCCCAUCUUCCUUAGAAGAUGCUUUGAAGGUGGCUCAAGCGUAUAUGUUGCCCGACGAUGAAAUUUACAGUCUAAGGAUUAUUGAUCUCAUUGAUAGAGAACAGGGUGAAGACUGUAUCCUUCUGUUGAGGUCUUUGCCUCCUGCUGAAGCUGAGAAAACUGCAGAACGGGUAAUCAUAUGGGCACGGUUGGCAUUACAAGAAGAACCAGAUGAUUCCAAAGAGGACAAGGCCUGGAGAAUGUCCGUAGCGAAGACAUCCGUAGACAUUCUUAAAAUACUGUGUGACAUCCAGAAAGACAAUCUACAGAAGAAGGAUGAAUGUGAAGAAAUCCUGAAACUAUUUAAAGUUGUUGCUAGCUUGCAGGAGAACUUUGAGGUCUUCCUGUCCUUUGGAGAUUAUAGCAACAGUGCCCUGGUCGCAGAGCUCCGGGAACAGUACAUCAGAGCCCAUGAAGUCACGCAGACCCAGCACAAAUCCCAGGGCACCGCGGAGCCUACAGCCCGUGAGGGCAGGAGCCUCAGCACUGAGUCCAAGCUGCACAGACAGGCGCUGGCGCUGCAGAUGUCUGUGCAGGAGCGGGAGGCCGAGCUGACCUGGAGAGCCUUAAACCACGGGAAUGUGGAAGCAGCGCUGGCCAGGUGCAGAGACUUAUUUAGGUAUCACUGCAACGAGGACACCGGGAAAUUGCUGUUUCUGACAUGUCAUAAGCUUUGUCACAUGUUGGCUAACGACGUUCCAAUGGCAACACCUGUCGGCCUCAAUCUUCCUUCCGAAAUACAUGCUCUAGCUUGCCAAGCUGCUACCAUCUGCAGCCCAGAUUUUUUACUAGAUGCUUUAGAACUAUGUAAAUAUACCUUAACGGCAGUAGAACUUUCCAGACAGUGCCAAAUGGAUGACUGUGGAAUUCUAAUGAAGACUUCCUUCGGAACUCACAAAGAUCCCUAUGAAGAGUGGUCUUACAGUGACUUCUUCAGUGAAGAUGGGAUAGUCCUUGAGUCCCAGAUGGUGCUCCCGGUUAUUUAUGAAUUGAUUGCAUCGCUUGUGCCUCUUACCGAAAGCAAGAGACAUCCCUUGGAUUCGACAAGCUUACCAUACUGCUCUAUUAAUGAAGGAGACAACCUUAUUUUACCUAUUAUAAACUCCAUCUCUGCCCUGCUCCAGAACCUUCAAGAAUCUAGCCAGUGGGAGCUGGCCCUAAGAUUUGUCAUUGGUUCAUUUGGUACCUGUCUUCAGCACUCUGCAUCUAGCUUCAUGAAUGCCAGUCUGAGCGGAAAGUUGUUUGGAGAGGCCACAUUAGUUAAAUCAAAGCAUGUUGUUAUGGAAUUGAAAGAGAAAGCUGUUACAUUUAUCAGGGGAAAUGCUACAACAUUACUGCACAAAGUAUUUAAUUGUCGCGUGGUGGAUCUUGACUUGGCCUUGGGUUACUGCACUCUCUUACCCCAAAAAGAAGUGGUUGAAAAUCUCUGGAAGCUCAUAGAUAAAGCAUGGCAUAAUUACGACAAAGUUUUGGCAAUAUCUCUGGUGGGCUCUCAGCUGGCCAGCCUCUAUCAGGAAAUAGAAACAGAGCUUAAGUUCCGUGAGCUCAGUACUGAUGCCCGGUGGGGUAUUCGUCUUGGCAAACUUGGUAUUUCUUUCCAACCUGUUUUUAGGCAACAUUUUCUCACCAAGAAAGACCUCAUUAAAGCACUCGUAGAGAAUAUAGAUAUGGACACAAGCCUCAUUCUGGAAUAUUGCUGCACAUUUCAGUUGGACUGUGAUGCCGCUCUUCAGCUCUUCAUUGAAACACUGCUACACAACACCAGUGCCAGCCAGAGCCAGGGAGACGCCAGCACGCAGCCCAUCAAGCAGCAGCAUCCCAAACUCCUGGCCAAAGCCCUGGAAAUGGUUCCUCUCCUGACGAGCACGAAAGAUUUGGUCAUCAGUCUUAGUGGAAUACUCCAUAAGUUGGAUCCCUAUGACUACGAAAUGAUUGAAGUCGUCCUAAAAGUUAUAGAAAGAGCCGAUGAAAAGAUAACCAACAUUAAUAUUAAUCAGGCAUUGAGUCUUCUGAAACAUUUGAAAUCAUACAGAAGAAUAUCUCCUCCAGUGGACCUAGAAUAUCAGUAUAUGUUGGAGCAUGUGAUAAGUUUGCCGCCAGCUGCCCAAACUAGACUGCCUUUUCACCUAAUAUUCUUUGGCACAGCACAGAACUUCUGGAAAAUUCUCUCAACAGAACUCAGUGAAGAAUCAUUCCCAACACUGCUCUUAAUUUCCAAAUUAAUGAAGUUCUCUUUGGAUACUCUGUAUGUGUCUACAGCCAAGCAUGUUUUUGAGAAAAAACUGAAACCAAAGCUCCUGAAGUUAACACAAGCUAAAUCCUCAACACUGAUUAAAAAGGACAUAACUAAGAUCACUCAGACCAUUGAAUCCUACUUACUGUCUAUAGUUAAUCCAGAGUGGGCUGUGGCUAUUGGCAUCAGUCUUACCCAGGAUAUCCCAGAAGGAUCCUUCAAGAUGUCCAGCCUGAAAUUCUGCUUGUAUCUAGCCGAGAGAUGGCUCCAGAAUAUCCCAUCUCAGGACGAGGCACGCGAAAAAGCGGAGGCUUUGUUGAAGAAACUUCAUGUUCAGUGUCGGCGGUCAGGCACUGAAGCUGUGCUCAGAGCCCACAGACUGGACUCAGCGGAGUGUCUGAGAGUCAUAGGGAAACCCGCUCAUCUUCUCGUCAGUCUGUACGAACACCCGAGCAUCAGUCAACGGAUUCAGAACCCGUCCGGCAGAGAUUAUCCUGAUAUUCACACAGCCGCCAAGGAAAUUGCCGAAGUUAAUGAAAUUAAUUUGGAGAAGGUCUGGGACAUGUUGUUGGAGAAGUGGCUGUGCCCAGCCACAAAGCCUGGGGAGAAACCAUCAGAAUUAUUUGAACUUCAAGAAGACGAAGCACUACGAAGAGUUCUGUAUCUCCUUCAGUCUCGUCCGAUUGAUUACAGUUCAAGAAUGCUGUUCGUGUUUGCAACAUCAGCUACAACCAGCCUGGGUGUGCGCCAGCUGACUUUUGCCCAUAGAGCACGAGCUCUUCAGUGUCUCCUGUACUUGGCCGACAAGGAAACUAUAGAAUCUCUCUUCAAAAAGCCCAUGGAAGAAGUGAAAUCUUACUUGAAAUGUAUAACUUUUCUGGCAUCAUUUGAGACUUUGAAUAUCCCCAUCACAUAUGAAUUAUUUUGCAAUAGUCCUAAAGAAGGAAUGAUUAAGGGUCUAUGGAAAAACCACAGCCAUGAGUCCAUGGCAGUCAGAUUGGUGACUGAGCUUUGUCUGGAAUACAAAAUCUACGACCUGCAGCUUUGGAACGGACUCUUACAAAAGCUUCUUGGCUUCAGUAUGAUUCCUUAUCUAAGGAAAGUUUUAACCGCCAUUUCUAGUAUCCAUUCUUUAUGGCAGGUUCCCUACUUCAGCAAAGCUUGGCAGCGUGUGAUUCAGAUACCCCUGCUUUCAGCAUCUUGUCCUCUGAGCCCGAGUCAGUUAUCAGACUGUUGUGAGAGUCUCGUCGCUGUUCUAGAAUGUCCCGUUUCAGAUGAUCUCGACAUGGUUGGAAUAGCCAGGCAGUAUGUCCAGUUAGAGCUCCCGGCUUUUGCACUGGCCUGUCUAAUGCUUAUGCCCCACUCGGAAAAAAGACAUCAGCAAAUUAAGAAUUUUCUGGGCUCAUGCAAUCCUCAGAUCAUUUUACAGCAAUUAGAAGAGCAUAUGAAUACUGGCCAGUUGGCAGGAUUUUCACAUCAAAUUAGAGAUCUGAUUCUGAAUAAUAUCAUAAGUAAGAAGGAGUUUGGGAUUUUGGCAAAGACAAAAUACUUCCAAGCGUUAAAAUUGCACAUGAUGAAUGGCAGCAACAUCACUGACUUGGUAAACUAUCUGGCAAGUGAGUUAAGUUUAGAUGAAGCUUCAGUCUUUAUAACUGAAUAUUCAAAGCACUGUGGGAAACCUGUACCGCCAGACACCGCUCCCUGUGAAAUCCUGAAGAUGUUUCUUAGUGGAUCAUAGUGGAUCAUCCAACCUUUUUUGAGAAGAACAAAGGGAAGUUUGGAGUCUACUAUUAACUAAUCAUAUUUAUUAGUUUCAAAAAUAGUGCAAUUGAUACAACUUGUUAAAUGUUAACGAGCAAAUAACAACUAAGGCGCUUCACAGAAGUCUGAUUAUGCAGUAAAGAACUCACAUCUUGAAUUAAUAAACCUUUUCUUUACCAGUCACUUGUAUAAACUUAUGGACACUAUCUUUUCUGCAUCCCCUAUGAAGGAAACUAAAUGCAAAGAUACUUUGCUCCUUCCACAAGAUAAACAACUACUUAUAUCCUGUAUCUUCAGAUACAAAUAAGAACAGUGUUAGUAUUUCUAAUGUAAUUGGAGUAAAUACGUCCUAAGUUUUGUUGCAGACGUACCAGUGGCCAGGCUGAAAAAUAGAAACCACUGUCUAGCUAUUUUAGGCAGAGUGAUUGGAUGCCAGGAAUUGGUUACAAAGGUGUUAGAAGGACUGAGAAACAACAGGGAAGUGGCAGAGGAGGGCGGGGGGCGGUUGAGGGGCAGGGGGGCAGCUAGAGAGGCAGAAGGGGAAGGGGGUGUUAGCCGAGAUCAGAGCCUGCUGAGGACCCUGAGUUGGGUGCCCCCACUUUGCAACACUGGGUUGUAGGAGCCCACAACUGCUCUUGGUCACCCCCCUGCGAUGGCUGCCGCACACCACGACCAGAAGAGAAAAGAAGCAAGUCUUUGGCUUUUUCCAACCUUCUCAUUUUCGUGCCAAUGCCAAGAAUGACAGAACCAAACCAGAACUCAUCUGGCAGGGGGGCGCUCCCGGAGACUCAGUCUGCAAGCUGUCAGCGGCAGCAGUACGCAAGCUGGCCUGGCGGGGCAGUGUGGAGCUGAAGGCCUGCAGCCGCCCCCAGCACCCCUGCCUCUGCAGUCUUUUCUAGAGGGGUGUAUAACUUGAAUAAACUGAAUUUUAUAAAUCAGAAUGAGCUUCCCUUUGUUUUUCCAGUUGAGAAAAACAUUAUUUCUAUACAGAAAACUCAGUGUAGUUUUCUAUACAGAAAACUUGGGCUUGGGGGAUAAAACUAGCCUGGAUUUGCAUCCUAGCUCUGUCCCGUACUAGCUACAUGAUCCCGGACAAGUUACGUAACUUCUCAAAGCCUUAGUUCCCUCAUUUGUAAAACCUCCUGAGGAGGUUUAAAUGCUCCUCCACUUGCUCUGUUCUGGACAUUUGGACCAUACCAAUAUUUUUCACAAAGCUUUCUCCGUAUUUGGGAUUAUUUCCUUUAGAUGGAUUCCCAGGAACAGACUGACCAGAUCAAAGGGAACGAAGAACAUCUUAAAAGCUCUUGGUGCACGUUGCCAAACUCCGUGUGUUCUCAAAGAUCUUCACAAAUGCCCAUUCCCACCAGCAAGAGGCAGGUCUGCUUUACCUCUUCUCCCUGACAUGGACCAGUCUGACUUUUAAAAACUUCCUGCUGGUGUAUAGGUGAAAAUGACAUCUCACUAUUUACGUCUGUAUUUCUUUGAUACUUAUGUGAGGGGACCUUAAGAAAACCAUCUGACUGCUUUUGGAAGCAGAACCUGGAAUUGUCUUCUUGGGCAAAAAUGUGCAAGGCACGGAAGGGGUCAAAUGGUGGCACCAGAAGGUAACAAAUGGGGAAUGACUGUGUGCCCGCCCGACUCCAGCUAAGCUGAAUGAUUCUUUCCCCAUCUUAACACUGGCUUCAUUGUUCCCAGGACAGUUCUGACUGGCAAAGGGUUAGCUUCUGGCAUGCCAUAGAAGUAACUUUUUGAAACAUAAAUAUAUUUAAAUUUAUUUUCAGUUUAUCUGAACUUAAGAUAUGCAAUUAGCCAGAAUCCUUGUUCUAUGUAUUGUAUUUUAAUUAGCCUUGAUUAUUUUCCACUCUUGUCUCCAUACAGCCAUUCUCCGCACCGUUUAUCCUUAAAACAAGCCAGAUGGUGCCUGGACCUGCCUCACACUUUAUACUGGCUCCCCAUUUCACUUAGCACAAGACCCAAGUUGCCAACCGAGACACACAGGCAUCUUUGGUCAAAUCAGAAACAGAAUCCAUUUUAGGAAGAUGAGUUACAAAAAGGCUCCCCUCCAGUUGGUUAAGUGUCUGACUCUUGAUGUCCGCCAGGUCUUGGUCUCAGGGUCCUGAAUUCAAGCCCUGCAUCGGGCUCCACGCUAGGUGUGGAGCCUACAUUUAAAAAUUUUUAAAAAGGAAAAAGCCUCUCCCCUUGAUAGAGCUACUGCUAAAAGGCACUCCCUGGAAACGGUCACAUUUGUUUAAAAAAAAAAAAAAAGCGCUGAAUUUCACGGGUACUUGGAUGGCUCAGUUAAG